CCCUGCACUUAGCAAUCAGUCGAAAUUCCAACAAAUUCAUUAUCAGUGCAGCUGGUGUCUACGAUAAAAUUGAAAUAAAAUGAUUGCACUGAAAACACUACGAAAUCAUUGGAAAAAAUCAUUGUUCGCAGCUGGCGUUGCAGGAUAUGGUCUUUAUUAUGCCAAAACAAGCUAUGAUAUAUCCGAGCAUAUGAAAAAUGUGUGUGCUGAAACUGUAGCGCUGGGAAAAGUCUGUGAUAAGCCGAAACAUGUUUUGGUCGUUUUAAAUCCCGCUGCUAAUAAGCGGAAAGCAGAGAAAAUGUUCAAAGAAUAUUGCGAACCCAUCUUACAUCUAUCCGGUUACAAUGUGGAUAUUAUAAAAACAACACAAGAGGGUCAUGUCAAAACUUGGCUAAAUGAAAUGACCGUACGUCCACAUGCCAUUGUGGUGGCAGGCGGUGAUGGCACAGCAUCGGAAGUAGUUACGGGCUUACUGCGCCGUAAAGAGGGCAAAUGUCCCAUCGUGUUAUUGCCAUUAGGACGUAAGAGUGCCACUGCAUUGAAAUAUCUUGAUUUGAAGCCAGAAAACAAAUUGGAACGUGUGAAAUCACUCACUGCCGCACUAACGCCGCUCCUGCAAGAAAAAGUAAAGAACGAAAGUGUCAUGAAAGUUGAUUUCGUUGAGGAAACGUCUGAGAAAGCAGAGACCACAAAGGAAAACAGCACAAUUUACGGUUUAAACGACUUUUCUUGGGGUCUUUUACGCGAUAUUGAAAGCAUUACAGAUAAAUACUGGUAUUUUGGUUCACUCAGACAAUACGCGGCGACAUUUUUCAGCGCGUUUUCAAACAAACUAAAUUGGAAUCUCGCUACUGAUUACGUGUAUACGCCGCCAUGUGCCGGUUGCAGAAAUUGUCAAUCUUACGAAAAUAAAUCGUAUGUGAAAAAGUUUUUGCCGCGUAUGUAUACAGUUAGAGAUACAAAUAGUGCCAAUAAUAUGAAUGCGUACAAAGUUAAUGAAGAGUGUGACAAGAAAACCGAAGGACAUACGAAUGUAAAUCAAUUAAAUAUAACGUGUAAACAAAACGGGGAUUCCAGUUCGGAACUUGAGACAAAAAUGAUCGAUACACUCACGCCAGGUUUUGAAUUUGUUAAGAAAAUAAACAAAGUUAUUGGUAAAGAACUGGCACCAAAUAGCACAAUCAAAAGUAGAACAAUACAACUGCAACCUACAGACAAAACUGCCAGCGAGACACACUACUCAAUCGAUGGUGAAGAAUAUGAUGUUAAACCUUUACGAAUCGAAGUUAUACCAAAUGCUAUACAAGUUUUUUGUAAUUAAAAUGUUUUACAACUAAAAUAUCAAUUUUUCUGUGCUAUACUAA